CGCGGAAUCCGGCAGCGGCGUUGCUCGGUGUCGCCUGACAGAACAUAAGCACACACUCUUCACACACACAGAAACUCCUCAGGCCGGUGAAUGGAGACGGUGAGGUCGCUUCGCAUGUCUGAAUGAAGCGGCUGUCCAUGGCUCACACCUCUGACUUCCUGUGCAUGAGUAACAGACGCCACUGAAUCCACCAAUCACUUCUCAGAUCAAACGGGAACCCAACGUAAUGGCGCAGGCCGUGGCCAACGUCGCCCGGAGGAUCAACGCCACCAUGGAAGAGCAGAGAGACUCGCUGGAUCUGUCCGACUGCGGCCUCGUUAGUUUUCCUGACGGCGUCUUCAAAAUGAUCCGCAGCUGCACAGACAACAUCCAGAAAAUCUCUCUGGCCAACAACCAGAUCAAAGCCUUGAGCAACAAGUUCUUCCUCACUUUUACUCAGUUAAGAGAGGUGGAUCUGCAGGGUAACGUCCUCACAACUCUGCCGGAGGCGGUUGGCAACAUGCAGCACUUGAUCAGCAUCGACAUCUCCAAAAACAAGCUGACGGUUUUCCCCGAGCGCCUGACGGAUGUGAGCAGCCUCCAGCACAUCAGUGUGGAGGGGAACCAGAUCACAGAACUUCCGAUGGAGAAGCUGUCGCUCAUGCCUGCUCUGAAGAGUCUGGAUGUGCGGUGUAACCCGCUGGCGCCCGAGGCUGUGUCUUUCCCGCAUCACUUCACGCUCCUGACAUAAACACAUGGUAAAGAACAUGAGGAACGAGGCUUCUUUCUCUCUGAUGCUGCCGAUUGAUUUCCAUGCACUGGACCGCAUGCUGUGCCUCUGAAUUUUUCAAUAAAAUAUUUAUUAAAUCGUGCAAACGGCGUUUGCUUUCA